AUGUGGUGCGCGGCGGCGGGCGGCGCUCGCGGCGCGGGCGCGGCCUCCCGCACGGAGCCGCAGCCCGCCAGCCGCACAGCGCCCUGUGGGUACUCACCAGCCCGCUAUGUGCAGCAUGUGGUGCGCGGCGGCGGGCGGCGCUCGCGGCGCGGCGCGGCCUCCCGCACGGAGCCGCAGCCCGCCAGCCGCACAGCGCCCUGUGGGUACUCACCAGCCCGCUAUGUGCAGCAUGUGGUGCGCGGCGGCGGGCGGCGCUCGCGGCGCGGGCGCGGCCUCCCGCACGGAGCCGCAGCCCGCCAGCCGCACAGCGCCCUGUGGGUACUCACCAGCCCGCUAUGUGCAGCAUGUGGUCGGCGGCGGGCGGCGCUCGCGGCGCGGGCGCGGCCUCCCGCACGGAGCCGCAGCCCGCCAGCCGCACAGCGCCCUGUGGGUACUCACCAGCCCGCUAUGUGCAGCAUGUGGUGCGCGGCGGCGGGCGGCGCUCGCGGCGCGGGCGCGGCCUCCCGCACGGAGCCGCAGCCCGCCAGCCGCACAGCGCCCUGUGGGUACUCACCAGCCCGCUAUGUGCAGCAUGUGGUGCGCGGCGGCGGGCGGCGCUCGCGGCGCGGCGCGGCCUCCCGCACGGAGCCGCAGCCCGCCAGCCGCACAGCGCCCUGUGGGUACUCACCAGCCCGCUAUGUGCAGCAUGUGGGGCGCGGCGGCGGCGGCGCUCGGCGCGGGCGCGGCCUCCCGCACAGACCCGCAGCCCGCCAGUACGCACAGCGCGCCGCCCCUCGCUCGCUCCACUCCGCCGGCGCCCAGCUGGCAGCCGUCACCGUGCCCGCAAUGAAGGAAUUAAGUAGCCGUUCUAUUAUGCGAAUUACUGUUGCAUUUAUUCGAGUGUACGCGCUAGUCUCCGCUCAAAUGAGCAUAUAG